ACAAAAUUACCCCGUAUUCUCUUGCCAUCCUUUCAUAAGGGGCCAUAUAAAUGUUACUAAAUUCGUAUGUCGAACCUAAUUUUCAAUAAUUGAACUUAUUUUCACGUUCAGUUUGCUUGUGUUUCCUUCUAUUGACCGUAAUUCCACGAUGUAUUACCUUCUUGGUGAACAUUCUUCCACAGGUCACGUCGCAGCAUUUUCGUGCUCACUACUCUUGCAUGUCGCCUUUGUCGCCACUCUGUGGGCACUCAUCUCCAAAUUAUUUUACCUUCUUGAGCCUAUUCUUCCAUUCACUAGAAAUUCAUUGUAAAUAACAAAUUCUCCUUGUUCGUAGAUUUUCAGUAUAAAACAACGGAAAUCUGAAUUACAUAAGAAAAAAUGUACGUACUUCAGCAAAUACAACUAUGAUUAAACAUGGUUCAAUGACAUCAUAGUUUUCGUCGGUAAGUUAUCCAUAAUUAUACACUAAAAUUAUUUUUUAUGAAUUUU